AAAGAUAUUAUUUAUUGCUCUAUACAAUGUGUGACGCGGAGAUUUAGUUCUGCCUAAAGCUUCUGUUGGUAGCGCCCCCCGAACACACACACACACACACACACAGUCGCCAGAUUUCUUGAUGCUUUGACCCCAUUAAUUAAACAAAUAGUAUUUAGGAACUUAUAGUGUCUUUCCCCAGCAAAUUACAUAUAAUAGAAGAAAGGGAGAGGAAGUAUAAGGAAUUAGAGGAUGUUGGCUAAAACCCUCCCAUUUUCUUCCCCAAUCUCAAAAGCCUCCAAUUUUCCAGAUUCCAACAGUCUCAUUUUCCCAAAAUAUGUUCCACUCAUCAAAUCCAAUAAAAAAACUAUUAGCAACCCUUUUCAGGCCUCAUGUCUUAAGACUUCCUUGGAGUCGAUUGUUGCACCUGAAAUCCAAUCUUUCCCUGCAGCCACCCGAGUGAAAAUCCUUUCGGAAGCAUUACCGUUUAUUCAGAAAUUUCGCGGGAAGACCAUUGUGGUGAAAUAUGGAGGGGCUGCCAUGAAAUCUGAGGCUCUUCAGGCCUCUGUUAUUGCUGAUCUUGUCCUUCUUUCCUGUGUUGGUAUGCGCAUUGUCUUUGUUCAUGGUGGCGGUCCUGAAAUCAACCAAUGGCUUGGUAAAUUGGGAAUCAAACCCAACUUUUUGAAUGGCCUUCGUGUUACUGAUGCCUCGACCAUGGAGAUUGUCUCGAUGGUCUUGGUUGGUAAAGUCAACAAACAUUUGGUUUCCUUGAUUAACAAGGCUGGGGCAACUGCAGUGGGGUUAUCAGGGAUUGAUGGCCACCUGCUAACUGCACGUCCCUCCCCGAACGCUGAUCAACUAGGUUUUGUUGGGGACAUUGCUAGUGUGGACCCUAGUGUACUGCGGCCUCUCAUUGACAAUUACCAUAUCCCAGUGAUCGCCUCUGUUGCAGCUGACAAGACGGGUCAAUCCUACAAUAUCAAUGCAGACACGGCAGCAGGUGAGUUAGCAGCAGCUCUUGGAGCUGAAAAGCUAAUCUUGCUGACAGAUGUGGCGGGAAUUCUGGAGGACCGUAAUGAUCCAGGGAGUUUGGUGAAGCAGAUUGACAUAAAAGGAGUGAAGAAGAUGACUGAUGAUGGCAAGGUUGCUGGUGGGAUGAUCCCUAAGGUGAAUUGUUGCGUCAGGUCUUUGGCUCAAGGGGUGACGACUGCAAGUAUUAUUGAUGGAAGGCUUCAACAUUCCUUACUCCUUGAGAUUCUCACCGAUGAAGGGGCUGGAACAAUGAUUACUGGCUAGAAAGCUAUUGCGAAUUGAGCAGCUUUUUUAUGAAGUUUCAAAUGGUUUAGAAAGAUAGGUUUUUCAAAGCUCUAGACCUUUAUGGUACUUUCUUAUCCAUGUGUUGUCACUCUGCCACAAAAUUUUGGUAGACAGACUGAAGCAUUUGUCUGGGUUUCUGUUGUAUUAUGUUGGUAAUGGUCCAUCCUAAUGGUUUUUCUUGUAUGAAUAAAGAUUAAGUGGGUAUUACUUGCAUGUUGGCUUUGUGAAA